AUCACUUCCCCGAUUCACCGUCCUAUCUUAAACCUUAGCAUAACUGCAGAUAAUAUCGCAUGAUUGAAUAGGUAAGACAAACAGCGAGGCAAUUUCGUACAUAUCAGAUAAUCUCAGCCUGUCUUAAAAUCGGAUACUGAUUCAAGUGUUUAAUUGAAUUGUGUUUUUGUUUGCGCUUUGCAUUUCCUGUCAUGGGAAAAAUGGAGGUGACCAUGGAAGUGGGAAUGGAUGGCGUUGCCCUUAUCACGAUUACUAAUCCCCCUGUCAAUGCUCUCGCCAAGCCGAUCCUUGGUGCACUUGGGGAAAAGUAUGACGAGGCAAUGAGAAGAAAUGAUGUGAGGGCAAUUGUUGUUACUGGGCAGGGAGGCAAAUUCUCAGGUGGCUUUGAUAUCAGUGCUCUCCAGGAUUGUCAGAAGACUGGGGACAUAUCUAGCCUGGGUCGUGUUUCUGUUGAUUUGAUGAUCAAUAAAAUUGAAGAUGCUAAGAAGCCCUCUGUUGCUGCUAUUCAAGGGCUUGCACUUGGUGGAGGGUUAGAAUUAGCAAUGUCUUGUCAUGCUCGUAUUUCAACGUCAAAAGCACAACUUGGGUUGCCAGAGCUCUCUCUUGGAAUUAUUCCUGGUUUUGGCGGCACCCAGCGUCUACCUCGUCUUGUAGGGGUUCGAAAGGCAGUUGAAAUGAUGCUUUUGUCAAAAUCAAUAUCAUCAGAUGAGGGGAAUAAACUUGGACUCAUUGAUGCAAUUGUGUCUCCUGGAGAAUUAAUAACUAGAGCAAGAACAUGGGCUUUAGAAAUUGCAGAAGGACGUAAACCCUGGAUAAAAAGUCUUGAGAGGACUGAUAAACUAGAGUCACUUGGAGAAGCUCGUGGAAUUUUGAGAUUGGCAAGAGCUCAGGCAAAGAGGACUUCCCCAAAUCUGCCACACCCCCAGCUAUGUCUAGAUGUUAUUGAGGAGGGUAUUGUUUCAGGAGGUUUUGCAGGAGUUCUUAAGGAAGAAGUGGGCUUUUUUGAUAUUAUUCUCUCAGAUACUGCUAAAGGCCUUGUACAUUUUUUCUUUAGCCAACGAGCAACUUCUAGGGUACCUGGAGUGACCGACUUGGGGUUAAAACCAAGGGAAAUUAAAAAAGUAGCUGUUAUUGGUGGAGGCUUAAUGGGUUCAGGCAUAGCUACAGCUCUUAUUCUUAGCAAUAUUCCUGUGAUUCUGAAGGAAGUAAAUGCCAGUUUUCUUCAGCAAGGUCUUAAUAGAAUUUCAGCAAAUUUAAAGAGUCGUGUAAAGAAAGGAGUCAUGUCAGAAGAAAAAUUCAACAAAAGCAUGUCUCUAGUAACAGGGGUGGUAGAUUACGCAAAUUUUAAAGAUGUUGAUAUGGUGAUAGAGGCUGUAAUAGAGAAAAUUCCGUUGAAGCAAGAAAUAUUUAGUGACUUGGAAAGAAUUUGUCGUCCUCAUUGUGUCUUGGCCACAAAUACAUCUACAAUUGAUCUCAAUAUCAUUGGAGCAAAGACUCAAGCACAAGACCGUAUAAUAGGGGCACACUUUUUCAGUCCAGCACACGUGAUGCAACUCCUUGAAAUUAUUCGAACAGAGAAAACAUCACCUCAAUAUGUUGUUGACCUUAUGAAUCUUGGAAAGAUUAUAAAGAAAAUACCUGUCGUGGUGGGGAAUUGUACUGGUUUUGCUGUUAAUCGAAUGCUCUUCCCAUACACUCAAGGGGCACAUUUGUUGGCAAAUCUAGGUGUUGAUAUUUACAGAAUUGACAGAGUUAUAAAAACUUUUGGAAUGCCGAUGGGUCCAUUCAGAUUGGCAGAUCUUGUUGGAUAUGGAGUAUCUACGGAGGUUGCGAAAAUGUUUAUUUCAGACUUUCCAGAUCGUACCUUCAAGUCACCUAUAACACAGCUAAUGAUACAAAACAAACGCGAUGGAGAAAAGAAUGGUAAAGGCUUCUAUUUAUAUGAUGAGAAGAGGAAUGCUCGUCCAGAUCCCAUGGUCAAGGAAAUUAUUGAACGGUCGAUAAAAAUUACAAAUAUAAUGCCUGGUGGAAAGCCUAUUGUACUUACCGAUGAGGAAAUACUUGGGAUGAUUUUCUUCCCAUUUGUGAAUGAGUCAUGCCGUGUCCUUGAUGAAGGAAUAGCCAUUAAAGCAUCAGAUCUUGAUAUCUCUUCUAUUCUUGGUCUAGGUUUCCCAGCAUACAGAGGUGGGAUAAUGUUUUGGGCUGAUUCUGUUGGUGCGGGGCACGUAUACUCAAGUCUCCAGAAGUGGUCUGAAUCAUUUGGUAGUUUUUACAAGCCAUGUGAAUUUUUGGAAGAACGAGCUACAAAAGGCAUUCCUUUGAGUGCACCAGUUGCUGCCAAAAAUUCAAGGGCACGCCUUUAAUAUGGAUGAAGUUCAAUGGGUCUGAUUUUCAUGACACAAUUGUGAUAGAAGCAAUUGUGGAGUUUUGAAGGAUCAUCUUUUAUUCUGAAAUAUAGUCCUCACUAAAAUAAUGUCAGUCUCUUUGUGUUAGGCAUAUAAGCUUAAUUUAUGUCAUGGCUGUUUGAGGAUUUUGACCCGAACUACAUACUGAGCUAGCUUGGACCAGCUCUGCAUUCAAUCAAGUGUUUUGCAGCUCACGUUUAAUUGAAGUAAUAAAAACUGGAAAAACGUGGAUUACUAUGAAAAUGGACAUAUUUUAUCUUGA